AUGGCGGGAAUAAGUACUCCAUGGUCUUCAGAAGACUCCACCACAGAUGAGGCAUCACUUCCAGCUAAUGUCAGGGAGAUGAGGACUGAGUUGAAGGAGCUGGAUGAGAAGUUCCGAAAGGCCAUGAUCACAAAUGCACAACUUGAUAAUGAAAAGGCGACCCUAACAUUUGAAGUAGAAUUAAUGAAAGAUAAGUACACAGAACUAGAAGAAGUGCACACACAACUAACGAAAGAACAUAGAAAGAAAUGUACUGAGUAUGAACAACUGAAAAAAGUAUCGAUGAAGUUACAGGAAGAAGUCAAAAUCUUGAGAAGUAUGUUACAAGAACGAGAUCAGUUAAUACAGGAAUAUGGCUUAGUUGUCAUGGGGGAGGAAGAGAACGGGGAGGACGUUGAUCAUGCAGCGGAAGAGGGCGACAGCGUAGAUGACUUAUCACCACGGAAACUGUCUGUGAAGAAGGUGUUGGUGUCACAGGAAGUAGGAGAAUUGCUGUCUAAGGGUGCAGCUCGAGGCUCAUUAGAUGUAAGGUUAAAGAAGUUUUGUGAGGAGAAAAAUGAUUUAGAAGACCAAGUCAGAAGACUGAAACUUGAACUCGAAGAAGAAAGAAGCGAGAGCAGGAGGAGAGAGAACGGCUUAGACUAUGAGAAGCAAAGUGGCGAGACUGGACGCUCUCUCAAAUCGAUAUAAAACCCAGUCAGAAGAGUUAGAAAAAAGUGAAGAGGAAUUAAAAUUAGAGAAAAGGAAACUACAAAGAGAGUUAAGAGAUGCCCAAAGUAGAUUAGAAGAACUGGAAACUACUAAUAAUCAUCUUAUAAAAAGGUUUGAUAAACUAAAAAAUGCAAGAUCUAAUCUCCUUAAGGAUCUUUCUCAAGACCCAGCGUGAGAGGUGGACCAGGGCCCUGGUUUCCCCUCAAAAAUAUUCUCUGCUGCCAAUCUUCAGCUUGUAAGUCGCAAUAUUUGGUCAGGGUGUUUAUGCAACGGGUCCACUACAAGGAAUCCCUCUUUGGUGGUAUGGAAGGAGUGGGAGUAAUUUCUACCUGUGUGUAACUGUAAACAUGGUGUUGAUCAUCGUCAGUCUGUUUGUAAAGAAUGUUAGGAGUUUCUCUGCAUUGUUAGAGAAAAUACUACAUAUAUUUUUUUAAAACAACUUGAUGCAGGUCAUGAUAGCAGGCACUCAUGUUUGAACUCUAACCACUAAAUAGCAUGAUUACAAGUUGAAGGCUUGCUGAACACCACAGUUACUACUUAACCACCUCAUUGACUGUGAUGUUUGUGGUAUUGGAUACUCGUCUCUCAUAAACUAUUUUGCAAUGAAUGCCUUGGUGCCUCUAGCCUUUUACAACUCUUGCAGUUGUCUUACAUGAGUGAUGAGAGCUGCAAAAAUGUCUAGGUAGCACUGCUAAUGUUAAUUUUCCUAAGCUAAAGCUUUUAAUAACCCGCCAAACUCAAGCUGUUGCUGCCAGUGACCAGCCUUAACCCAUGCAGUGAGUGUUUUAAAUAGGUCACGCCAUAAAUUUCACUAGGAAGUUUUUACAUUAUGGCUAUAAAUAAUAAAAGAACGUAUUUUGAAAGUGUCGUAGCUUAAAGGUGGUAGACACCAACAGAAAAGAAAUCAUAAUUAAAUCUAUACAAGAAAGGAGUAGAUGCAUGCCAAACAGCUACCAAACAUUUUAGAUCUUAUAUAUAUAUAUAU